CAGACACCAACAAGGGCGCCCAAAUGUUGACAGCCGGCAUCAUCAUCAUCAUCAUCAUCAACAACAACUCUUGAUCCCCCCAUCCUCUUGGUCCUUUUAACUCAGUCCACAUCCAGCCCGCCCCUCAGCCGCCGCCUCAACGCACAUCGCGCAGGGCAGUCUGUCGACGGGCAAACUCACACACCACCCGCCCAGCCCUCUCGUCGCGCCCUACGCCAUGCCCCUCCUCCUGCCUCCCGGCCAAGAUCGCCGCCCCUCCGAACUCACCUAUACGGACGGGUACAACUCCAUUGUCUCGCGUGUCCGACGAAAGCGCGGCACAGGUUCCGGCGGCGUCGUCAUCAUCGCCGGCAUCGACAUGGACGGCUUGCUAGCCUCGCGCAUUCUCACAUCCCUCUUCAAGCAAGACAAUGUGCCAUUCCAACUCGUGCCCGUUGGGGGUUACACUGACCUCGAACUCAAAGCUAGAGAAGCAUUAAAGUCUGAAGAUUUGCACACUCUCAUCCUGCUCUCGCUCGGCUCGAUCCUCCCCCUCGCAAGCUUCUUCGAGCUUCCCCGCGGCGUUCAUCUCCAUGUCAUGGACGCGCGUCGCCCUUGGAACUUGUCCAACCUCUUCGGUAUCUCGCUCGACGUCGAUGAUGAUGGGGAAGAAGCUGGUGAGGGCAAGAUUUGGACAUGGGGUGACGGUGACGAGGUCAAGCUCGACAAUGUUAAGAAGAGUUGGGAGACACUGGAGUAUGAGCCAGAGUCUGAUUCCGACUCUGACUCCGAUGAGGAAGAUGACGAGGACGCCGCGGCGGACGAGGAUGAGGAGCGGACUGAGAACGGUUCCGACGACGAAGAUGGCGAAGACGGGGAAGCAACUGGUGACAACGACGGAAGUGGAACCCGUCCCCGCAAGCGCUCUCGCGAGUCGUCCACAAAACCUAACAAGAGGAGACGAGACGACGUAAAGCCACGAAAGAUGCCGCGCGCAGUUCGAGAAGCGCACAUCGAGCGUGUUAGCAGGUAUUACGAGGCUGGAACGUCAUACGGCAUGAGCGUCGCGCAGACAAUCUAUUUGCUAGCCACGGAGCUGGAACGAGCAGACAACGAUCUAUUGUGGCUGGCGAUUCUUGCAGUCACUCACCAGUACGUUUCGGCACAGAUCGACCGCAAGCGGUACGACAUGUUCCACGUAGCGUUGUCCGACGAGGUUGUGCGUCUCAACCCGCCCGUCACGAGCCGAGAGCCAGACGCCGACAAUCGUAGGAUAACGAAGAGCGACGAGCUACGCUUUGUGCUAUUCCGCCACUGGAAUCUCUAUGAUGCCAUGCUCCACUCCAGCUACGUGGCCGGAAGAAUGGGAAUUUGGAGGGAACGAGGGCAGAAGAAGAUCCGAGGAUUACUCGCAAAGAUGGGGUACUCCAUGCAGCAAUGUGUCCAGGCCUACGCCCACAUGGACUUGAAGCUGAAGAAGGAGCUCCCGGAGAAACUCGACGCAAUCGCACCAGAAUAUGGCCUGGUCGAGCUUGAGUAUCCGUCGUUUGUCCGCGCGUUUGGCUUCGAAGUCGCUACCAUGUCGGCAGCAGACGCUGUCGAGGGUCUCACAGCACUGCUCGAAGCUGCGACAGGGCUGCGCAUCGAGGUGGAGGUAGAAGGUGGGCGAGGCGGCGGCGAGUGGUUUGGCUCUAUGCGCACCUGGUCGAUCGGGGGCGACUACAGCGUCAUCGAGCGCGAUAACGCGCCUACAGAGGAGGCGGACAUCGAAAUCGACAAGGAGGACCGGUCGAAACAGAGUCUCUCCGCCAACUUCUGGAUCACGUACGACGCGUGUGGAGACAUCGCCCUGCUCAAGAAGUCAUUACCGCUCGCCAAGGCGCUGCACUGCGCCAUUAUCCGGCAGGGCUCGGCCAUCCUCGACAAGGGUACGAUCCGGCCACUGCACAAGUUCCGCUUCACUGCCGUCAAAGAGGGCCCGGACCUGCGCAUCUUCAGCAAGCCGGCGGCGCUGGCACGCCUCGCCCUCUGGCUCAUGGACGCGACGCGCGACAAGUGGACUGACCGGGACACGCGGAAUGGGUAUACGGUCACGUCGCUCCCUUUUGUGAUUGCGGUACUGAACGAGGAGAAGCGCACAUACCUUGUCGCCGGCGUGACGGGUGCGCCUGAGUUCGGAGAUGUACGCAAGAACAAGUUCGGCCUUGCGUUCCAGAAAGCCGCGCAGGAGAGCCAAGUGGCCUGCAGUGAGCUGUUUGACACGAGCGUUAUCGAGAUUGCCGACGUCGACCUGCAGGGGUUCAUGGAGGUGCUGGCUAUGCGCAGCGUCACCAUCUAGACAUGUACACACUAUUGCCAUCCGUCACUUCUACGUUUACUUGUCCAAUCUCUAACUCGCUGGAACUCUACGCGGAAGA